CGCUUCUGGGGGGGCUUCUUUGGUUUGGUGGUGGUGGAGAAGGAGAAGAAGAAGAAGAGAGCAGGCCGCGGAGGGCGGAGGCGAAAUCGCGCACACAAAGGCUCCUUUCCCUUCUCCAAGCGCGCCGCUCCGGCGUUUCCUUUUUGCGCUUCCUCUGCUGGCAACAGUAUAACAAAAGGGCGAGCGCGCGGCUGCCCUGCCGCAGACGCAAGGAGGGCUCCGUGCGCCCUCGUUCUGCGCCGGACUCCCUCCCUCCUUGCCCGCCAUCUUUCGAAGCGGGGAGAAAGGCGAGCGAUCCCGCUUUCCUCCGGCCGCGCUCGCACAAAGGAACGGCGGGCGGGGAGAAGCUCGCCUCCCCACCAGCCCAGGCCCCCGUGCGCCAGCCGCUUGCCUUGCUGCCGCUGCUGCGCGCCUGGCUCCGCUCGGCUACAAGCAGCGCCGCUUCCUCGUCCAGGCGUCUUCAGCGAGCGCCUUGGUUUGUCUCCUGUCGCGUCGCGCUCUGUUUCCUCGCUUUUCUCUCGGGGCUGCAUGGCUGGUCCCUGGGAAUGGGAUGCCCAUCCCAUCCAGGGAUCGUAGAAAGACAACGAUUCCUUCCCGAGGACCUGCUGCGGCUGCCUUGAACGCCAGCAAGUCGAGGAGGAGGAGGCAGGAGAAAGAUGUCUGCUGCCACCUCAGCCAUCCAGGCUCCCCAAGGCCCUGCGAACCCACCUCCCCCAGAGGUCACCAACUCAGCCAAGCCUGGGCGGAAGACCAACCAACUUCAGUACAUGCAGAAUGUGGUGGUGAAGACUCUGUGGAAACACCAGUUCGCCUGGCCUUUCUACCAACCUGUUGAUGCAAUUAAAUUGAAUUUACCAGAUUACCACAGAAUAAUUAAAAACCCGAUGGAUAUGGGGACUAUCAAGAAACGGCUAGAGCACAACUAUUACUGGAGUGCCAGUGAAUGUAUGCAGGAUUUCAACACCAUGUUUACAAAUUGCUACAUCUACAAUAAGCCCACCGAUGACAUCGUUCUAAUGGCCCAAGCCUUGGAGAAGAUCUUCCUUCAAAAAGUCGCUCAGAUGCCACAGGAAGAGGUUGAGCUCUUGCCUCCGGUUCCGAAAGGCAAAGCGCGGAAGAUGGCUGGCAGCGGGCACAGCACAGGAGCUCAGCACCCAGCAGCCUUAUCUUCCGUGUCUCCAUCAGCCCCCUUCCAGAAUGUCCCUCCCUCCGUGUCGCAGACGCCAGUCAUCGCUGCUACACCCGUGCCAACCAUCACCGCGAACAUCUCCCCCAUUGCUGCGGCCCCUGCUGCUGCGCCCCCACUGCCUCCCCCUCCUGCUGCCACUCCCAUCAUGCCUGUGGUAACUGCUAUGUCACCUAUUGUCAAGAAAAAGGGAGUGAAGCGGAAAGCGGACACAACUACCCCGACCACAUCAGCCAUCACAGCCAGUCGGAGUGAGUCGCCCACCCCGCUGUUGGACUCCAAGCAGGCCAAGGUGGUGGCCCGGCGGGAGAGCGGUGGCCGGCCCAUCAAGCCGCCCAAGAAGGACCUGGAGGAUGGGGAGGUGCCCCAGCACGCGGGGAAGAAGGGGAAGCUCUCCGAACACCUCAAGUACUGUGACAGCAUCCUCAAGGAGAUGCUCUCCAAGAAGCAUGCAGCAUACGCUUGGCCCUUCUACAAGCCAGUGGACGCUGAGGCUCUGGAGCUGCACGACUACCAUGACAUCAUCAAGCACCCAAUGGAUCUCAGUACUGUGAAAAAAAAAAUGGAUGUUCGGGACUAUCAAGAUGCCCAGAGCUUUGCGGCGGACAUCCGGUUAAUGUUCUCUAAUUGUUAUAAGUACAACCCUCCAGACCAUGAAGUCGUGGCUAUGGCCAGGAAGCUUCAGGACGUCUUUGAGAUGAGGUUUGCCAAGAUGCCGGAUGAGCCGGCAGAGCCCCUGGCCCAGCCCCCGCAGACGGCACCGGUUGUCAGCAAAAGCAUGGAAAGCAGCCAUAGCAGCGAGGAGAGCUCCUCCGACUCGGACAGCUCAGACUCGGAAGAGGAAAGAGCCACACGGCUGGCUGAGCUGCAGGAGCAGGACUGUUCCCGAUCAUUGAGGCAGUGCUACAAGGUCAAUGACUCCCGAGACUGGAAUGGAUGGAAUUUGAAGGCUGUCCACGAGCAACUUGCUGCUCUCUCGCAAGCCCCCGUGAACAAGCCAAAGAAGAAGAAGGAGAAGAAGGAAAAAGAGAAAAAGAAGAAAGACAAGGAGAAAGAGAAGGAAAAAGAGAAGCACAAGGCAAAGGCUGAGGAGGAGAAGAAGGUGAAGGUCACUCAGCCAGUGAAGCAGGCCCAGCAGAAAAAGCCACCGGCCAAGAAGGCCAACAGCACCACCACUGCAAACAGGCAGCCAAAAAAAGGCGGGAAGCAGGUGCCUGUGGCCUACGAUUCGGAUGAGGAGGAGGAGGGACUCCCAAUGACCUACGAUGAGAAGCGCCAGCUCAGCUUGGAUAUCAACCGCUUGCCGGGGGAGAAGCUGGGCCGGGUGGUACACAUCAUCCAGUCAAGGGAGCCCUCACUUCGGGACUCCAACCCCGAUGAAAUUGAGAUAGAUUUCGAAACCUUGAAGCCUACCACGUUACGGGAGCUGGAGAGAUACGUCAAGUCCUGUUUGCAGAAGAAGCAACGGAAGCCGUUUUCUGCGAGUGGGAAGAAGCAGGUGGCGAAGUCGAAGGAGGAGAUUGCUCAGGAAAAGAAGAAGGAGCUCGAGAAGAGGCUUCAGGACGUCAGCGGGCAGCUGAACAACAACAAGAAGCCUGCGAAAAAAGAAAAAUCUGGCUCCACCCUUUCUGGAGGCCCCUCUCGCCUGAGCAGUAGCAGCUCCUCGGAAUCGGGGAGUAGCAGCUCAAGCUCCACUUCGGACAGUAGCGAUUCAGAAUAAAGCAACAGACCCUUAAACGCUCCCGGACAACGAAUGGACGUCUCACAGGCACUUGCCCCGGAAAGUUCUGCAGCGUCCCCUUUUGCUUCCUCCUUGUUACUAUUUUUUUAAAAACAAACAAACCAGCCUGCUUUCUUGCAACAGGACCAGCUCUGCAUCUCAUUCCACCCCUCUACUUUUAAUUUUUCUUUUAAUUCAGUGUUAUAAAACCUUCCAGAAUUUAAUUUCCUCCCCCUACUUUCCCCACCCGGCUUUUAUUAGGUUGCAAGAUCUUUUUGGGGUGUGUGUGUGGCUAGACUUUUUAAGGCAAGAACUUUCCCUUGCAUAUAAGGUCUCUAAACUAUUUUUAAAAAUCAAAUCAUUGAGACGUCUUUUGGUGACCAACAGCAAGAGAUGUGGGAACUGGAGAGAUGAGUAAAAAAAAAAUGUUUGCGAGAUGUAAUAUUAAAAAAGGGGGGGGGUGUUUUUUGGUAACUUUUCUCUCUUACUCUUCCCUUCUCCCCCAUGGAAAUUCCUUUUUAAUACAGCCCAAGACUCAGCUCAGUGCUGCUGCUGAUAUGGAGUGGGGAACUUUUUAAAUGGGGUGGGGUGGUGGGGAGGAGAACCUCUCUGUAAAACGGUACUGUAUCUGAAAGACGUUAGCUUUUGAAGUAGUUGAUUGUAUUUGUUGCUAGCACUAGUAUUCCUAACCUCCAAGGGGCCCAGUCCACCAUGGAAUGCUCCUGGGCAUGCCCCCUUCUCUCAAAUGAGAGGGAGGUGUACAAAAUGCACCUCUCCCGUUUGUUUUGGUGGGGUGGGAGUACAGAGACCAUGAGCAGACCUUCCUUGUGGAUUGGGCCCUGCGUCUACAUGUGUGCUGAAGAGCAUCAUUUUAUAUAUAUAUAUAUAUAUAAAUAUAUUAUAUAUAUAUGAGGGAAGGAGGAGAAGAAAGCUCAUGUACUGUGGAUUGUUUUUAAAAUGUACCUUUUUAGAUAUUUCUUUUAAACUUUUUUUAAGUAAAAAAAAUUGAUACUAGAGAUUUGUGCUUCUGUUAUGAGAGGUUGGCUGACCUAUUAAAGCUAGCAGUUGAAAUUGUUGAAACUCAAAAAAACAAAAAACUGAUUUGGCUACAGGACGGAAAAAGGAGAGGUUGUUAUCACUCUGGGUUUGUGCAUGGAGGAGGUUGAGAGGCAUAUGAUCACAAGCAUUAGCUUUUUUUAAAAAAAAAGUCUGGGAAUGGUCCAAUUCCAUUGUGCACACCUAGAGCGUACCCCUUGGUUGGUGCUGGUGCUGGGGGGUGGGUAGUAGUUCUUUCCAGUUUUGCCUGCUGUUGUUAAGGGACUGUGAAAUCUUGGGUUGCAUCCUACUAAAUUCCCCUCAAAAGUAGAUCCACAGAAAUGAAUGUAUCUAAGUUGGUUGGGUAUCCCUUACUUUCCCUUGGUCUGAGCAGGGCCCACAUUCACACCAUACAUUUAAAGUUCUAUGAGACCACUUUAAACAGUCAUAGCUUCCCACAAAACAUCCUGGAAACUGUGGUUUGUUCAGGUUGCUAAGAGUUGUUAGGAGACCUCUUCCCCUUCCAGAGCUGCAAUUUUCAGAGUGGUUUAACAAUCAAUCCCUCUUCAUUGUAACUCUGCAAACCGUAGUUUUGGGGAGGGAAUUAGGGGCUUGGGGUAUCAGCACCAUGAACAAACUAGUUCCCAGAAUUCUUUGAGGGAAGCCAUAGUGGUGGAAAGUAGCACUAAAAAAAAGGUAAAGGUAAAGGGACCCCUGACCAUUAGGUCCAGUCGUGACCGACUCUGGGGUUGCGCGCUCAUCUCGCAUUAUUGGCCGAGGGAGCCGGCAUAUAGCUUCCAGGUCAUGUGGCCAGCAUGACAAAGCCGCUUUCUGGCAAACCAGAGCAGUACAUGGAAACGCUUUUUACCUUCCCGCUGUAGCGGUUCCUAUUUAUCUACUUGCAUUUUAAUGUGCUUUCAAACUGCUAGGUUGGCAGGAGCUGGGACCAAGCAACGGGAGCUCACCCCGUCACAGGGAUUCGAACCGCCGACCUUCUGGUCAGCAAGCCCUAGGCUCAGUGGUUUAACCCACAGAGCCACCUGGGUCCCACGAAAGUAGCACUAUAGUGCUUUAAAUGUAUGGUGUGAAUGUGGCCUAGGACUAGCAAUUUAAUACACCCCUUGAUUAACAUUUGUACAAUAUUCUGUAGUGAUGGCUUUAAAAAACGAAACCCUCUCACCCUGGUCAGUCUGUUACUUGGGACCUUUUCUAUGUGAUGUCAUUCAGUUUCUUUGCCCAAGCUCCACAUCAUCCUUUUGUUGAGGUAGGAAGUAUUCACAUUAGCCAGUGAAGCAUGUGGCACCACUGUCCAGUUUUUGUGAGGUCCAGACAACAUAUGGCAGUCAACUGCAUCCCGAGUAGCUGUUGUGUUCCUCCAUGAGGAAUGUUUGGAGAGCUAACAACACAAACCCUGCUGGAUCAGACCAAUGGCCCAUCUAGUACAGCAUCCGGUCCUCAUGGUGGCCAACCAAUCUCCAAAAGACACGGCACCUGGGCUGAGGUGAUGUGAUGCCUUCUGGAGGUGGCUGGACUCCAAACUCCCAUGACCUCCAGCUAGUGUGACCAACAGCCAAGGAUGCUGGGAGCUGCUGUUCACCAACCAUUUGAAGGGCACCAUGUUGGCUGCAGUAGGCAGUCCUUGGGUGCUGAGAAGUUGUUAAGAGCUACAAUUCCCAGGGUGCUUAAACUAUCAGUACCUCUUCUUGGGGAUGCCCAUAUGCUACUAGGCUAAGUUCAAGGUUAUUGCAUUAAUUUACAAGGCCGUUAAUAAUCUGGGCCAGGAUAACUUGACCACCUUGAAUCCCUUAUAUCCCUGCCCAAUUACUGAGCUCUUCAAGGGAGUUGGUAAUCCCCUGUGGCUUGGAUACAGGAGCCAUGUUGCGUUCAGUGUUGUGGCCCCAAAUUUGUGGAACUCCAUUCCAGUUGAGGUCAGACAGGCCCUCUCUCCCUGUUGAACUUUCAGCACCUAAUGAAAACUUUUUAUUAUUAUUAUUCCAGCAGCUAUUUCAAUUGAUGUCUGAUUUUAUAGUUUUAACUGAUAUUUUUUUAAGAAAAUAUAUUGUAUCUUUGUUAAGAGACAUUGUAGUGAAGUGGUAUAUAAAUUGUUUAAAUAAACAAAAAUUGUGAUAUUGUGAUAGGAAUAGGGGGUUUCCUAACAACUCCCAGCACCCUCAACAAAGAACAGUGUCCACGAUUCUUUGGGGAAAGCUAUGCCUGCUUAAAGCGGUAUCUUAGUGCUAUAAAUUUAUGUGGCCUGUGUUAGGUCCUAUCUACACCAUACGCUUAAAGCAUUAUGAUACGACAAUAAACAGUCAUGGCUUCUUCCUACAAAGAAUCCUGGGAACUGUGGCUUGUUCAGGGUGCUGAGAAUUUAUGGAGACCCCCUAUUCCCCUUGCAGAGCUACAAUUUCCAGAAUUCCCUGUGAAGAGGGAUUGAUUGUUAAACCACUCUGGGCAUUGUAUGUCUGGGGGGAUGAGGAGCAGAAGGAUUUCCUAACAACUCUCAGCACCCUUAGCAAACUACAGUUCCUGGGAUUUGUGGAAGCUAUGCCUGUUUAAAAUGGUUAUAUAAGGGUGUGCUGUAAAUGUAUAGUGAGCCUUUGGUUAACCGUAGAGCCAAUUGCUUAACUUAAGGGCACAUUCUUGGCUUUCGGGGGUCACUGAGGUGCAUAGUUGAGACCCAAGCAAAGCCCCCCAAAUAGGAAAUGAAGUGGGGGAGGGUGAAUUUCUCUUGAUUCCUUUUUUUCCUAACAGUGGAAAGCUCUUAAGACUGGAAAGCUACUUCUGUGUUGUGAAAGUGCAGGUUCCCAAAUAAACCUUUUACCUCAAAGGAAGGGGGGAGGGGGGAUACACUGGGGUGCGUGUGGGGGUGGGGAGAGAUAACAACACUUUUGUAAGAUUCAUCAAUUUUUCUAGAAACUAUUUUCUCCAGUCUGGAUCCCUGCACUUUUUUCAAAAGACACACUCCAUAAUUAAUCGUCCCUUGUUUUGUUUUUGUCUUCCUGUAUAUACA